UUCUCAUGCGCACUGCAGGAACAGACCUUCCUGUACUGGGGUGGUAACUGGACGUAGAAGUAUUGAGGGGACUGGAGUAAACAAGAUGUACAGGGUCUAAAGAGACUUGAACUAGCUGGGAGCCACAAGUCAUCAUGGUUAUCCUGCUGGUCCCCACACUGAAGAUUGUCCUCCUCUUAGCUGCUGUGUGGAGUGUGUGUUCAGCAGAGUUGAUCACAGUGGAAGGAUAUAAGGGAGGCAAGGCAGAGAUCAGAUGCCCCUAUAGAGAGGAGUGGAGGAGCCACCAGAAGUACCUCUGUAAAGGGGAAUGUCGUGUUUUUAAUAAAGACAAAGUUAUUAAGACUGAGGCGGGGGAAAACAGCACUUCUAGAGGGAGAUACUCACUGAAGGACAUCAGAGAGGAAAGUGUCUUCAUUGUGACAAUCACCAAUCUGACAUUAAAGGAUGCUGGGAGAUACUGGUGUGGAGUGGACACAUGGGGACAAGAUAACUACAUUAAAGUCAACCUUGAAGUCUCUGAAGAUUGGUGUUGUGAAAACCCCACUGAAGUGACAGGCUCUGAAGAAGUGACAGGCUAUGAAGAACUGUCAGUCUCCAUCCAUUGUAUGUAUAAUGAAAAAAAUGAAGACAGAACAACCACACAAUCGAUAUCCUGUCAGCAGUCCAGCUUGAUAUCAAGAGUAAGACUGUUCUUUAAUUAGCCUGUUCUGCAUUAUGAGACAGAUUGAUCAGGACACAGUUGUACGUCAGUGAAGUGAGAAGCUUCAGAGGACACAAUAAUGGAGAGGGCUGGGUGUGUCUGUGUGAGUAGAGACAACAUCUUAACUUCCUAUGUGUUUAAAUGUACUUACUUCAUGUACAUAUGUAUUUAGGGCAUUUGCACCCGUGUAUGAAAAAAGAGAAAGAUAUAUAGAGAGGAGUAGUUCGCUAAAUGAGAACCCAAAUAUCUGAACAGGAAGAGCAGAAACCACACUUCUUUCUUUACGCCUGUCUGUGGGGAUCAAAUCAAAUCAAAUUGUAUUAGUCACAUGCUCUUAAUACAAUGAGUGUAGACCUUGCAGUGAAAUGCUUACUUACAAGCACCUAACCAACAAUGCAGUUUAAAAAAAAUAAGA